AUGGAAAGACCACCGGCUUAUAGCGAGAGAUCCUCUCUCAUCAAGAGUGAGCAUAAAGCCAACAGACCACCAUCAUCAAUUGUUUUCUCUGACGAUGGACUAUAUCCCGACCUAUCAAACCUGAAUGAAUGGGCAGGGCCUCGUCACCCAAGAAGAAGCCGGACCGUACCCAGGAAGACCAAAACUAGGGAUUGGGCAACGUACCCAGGCCCCAUCAUUCAAAUCUGUAGUUUGGCCGCAUUCUUCUACUUUCUUCUAUUCUGUGGGGUGCUUUCUCUCUGCUUGGUGGUGGGGUUGCGCCUACGUGGAGAUCCCCCGUACGUGAGAAAAGUUGCUAUCAUUGGCGCUGGGCCAGCAGGUGCAUCUGCAGCCUUCAAUAUCCGCAAAUAUGCCCGCAGUCAUGGGAUCCUAGUCGAUAUAACAAUCUUCGAGAAAGAUUCCCAUAUUGGUGGUCGUUCUACGCGCCAAAUUAGUCUCAGCGAUGAAGACGGUGAUACCGUUCAGAUUGCCGCCACUGGCUUCCAUGAAGCUAACCAGAAUCUCGUCCACAUCGCUACAGAAUUGGGGCUGAAAACCGUUUGGCUCGAUGGACGUGCGGACACUGAUCUAUCUGGUCGUAGUGGGGAGCGGUGGGGAGUCUUCGAUGGUCGCUCGAUAGUCUUCCGCCAAGCUCAUCCUACAAACUUCUUAACUGGCUGGUGGUGGAGCUUCAAGCUAUUCUACUUCUACGGGCACUCUCCACGCUAUACUAGAAACAAUGCACAAGAUACACUCUCCAAGUUCAGCCGCAUCUAUACCAGCUUCUUCCCGUUCACAUCCCUCCUAGAGGUUAUUAAGGACCUUGAACUUCAAGAAGUAAUUACCUCUACUGGCUCUCAACUACUCACCGCACAUGGCGUCAAGGACAAUUUUCAGAGAGAACUUGUCAACUCCUGGGUGCGUCGCGACUUUACCCAAAACCUCGGAACUAUGAGUGGUCUUGCAGCCAUGACAGCGUUCGACGACGGUGGCGAUAUGACUGUACAAGGUGGCCACUGGAACUUAUUUGAAACCAUGAUUGAUCGAAGUAAUGUUGACCUUCGUCUCAACACUGCCGUUUUUGGGCUGCGAAGGAUGGAUUGGGGCGGGUGGGUCGUUGCCAGUCAACCAGCACAUGGUGAUAAUGACCCAGAGGAUGGCGAUUAUACCGAGUUCGAUUCAGUCAUUCUUACGGCCCCAUGGCAGUUUUCAGGACUAGAUAUCAAAGGAGAACCUCUCGAGAAUGUACCAGAUGAUAGGGAGUACGCGGGACUACAUAUCACGUUGUUCAAAUCGCCGAGGAUGUUGUCGGGGGCAUACUUCAACUACAAUGGUGAAGUUCCGGAGACUUUACUUACUACGCUACGUGAUUUUGAGUUCCAGGACAUGAACAGUAGGACUGGCAUGGAAGGUGUGGGUUCAGUGGGAUUUUACGAGAUUAAGAGUGUGAAGCGGAGUGAUCGGGUCGACAAGAUGGACGUUGUCAUUACAGAGUGGCUCUAUAAACUGGUAUCACCAGCAAAGAUUGAAGACGCUACUAUCAAGGCAAUGCUUGGCGCUGGUGAAGAUGAGGAUGGGAUUAUCUCUUGGAUUUACCGUCAUGAGUGGCCUGCGGCAAUACCCUACGUAUACCCCAAAACCCAGAGCACCCCUCUUCAACCACUCAAACUUUCACCCAACUUCUAUUACACCUCAGCUAUUGAGUCACUUGGUAGUACCAUGGAAUUGAGUUCGUUAAUGGGCUCAAAUAUUGCUGCAUUAGUGGUGAAUGAAUGGUGGAAGGAAGGGCGAGGGAAACGACCAGUCAGGAACUUCAAUGAGCCAGCAGGAAAGAAUUCUCAUGAUACGUCAACAUUGUGGCCUGAGACGGCUUAUUCAUGGGGACGAGGUGUAUAUGAAGGAAUAUGGAAGGAUGAUCUUCACAAUUCUGGACAAGAAAGAGUUAUGGAGUCGGAGGAGGCAGAGGUUCCAAACGAAUCUGAGGAGCAGAAACAGGAAACGGCUGAGUAG